AUGAGUGAAUUUAAGAAUUAUCAAAAUAGUAAGACACUUAUAAUACAAACCAUAGGCAACAUUAUAAAAUAUGAUCUAAAAGAGGAUUACAUUUUCAUACAAAAGCUAAUUCAUCCAAUGGGGUUUAUUGAAUGUGUGUUUCUGAGAUUGGAAAUCAUAAAAUAACCAAUAAUAAUAAUUAGAACUAGUCAUUGA